AUGAUGAAAGAAGAAACUGAUGAAUUUCGUAAAAAAGUUCUUGAUGGUCGUCAAAAUGCAUUAAAAAUAUCUGCUAAUUCCGUAUAUGGUUUUACAGGUGCACAAGUUGGUAAAUUACCAUGUCUUGAAAUAUCUCAAUCAGUAACAUCAUUUGGUCGUGAAAUGAUUGAAAAAACCAAAACUUUAAUUGAAAAUGAAUUUAUAAUAACUAAAGGUUAUGAACAUGAUGCAAAAGUUAUAUAUGGUGAUACAGAUUCAGUUAUGAUUAAAUUUGGUGUUAAAACAUUAGAGGAAGCUAUGAAACUUGGUCGUUUAGCAGCAACAACUAUUUCAUCAAGUUUUCCACCACCAAUUAAACUUGAAUUUGAAAAAUGUUAUUAUCCAUAUUUAUUAAUUAAUAAAAAACGUUAUGCUGGUCUUUAUUUUACACGUCCAGAUAAACAUGAUAAAAUGGAUUGUAAAGGUAUUGAAACUGUACGACGUGAUAAUUGUGAACUUGUUGCUAGUUUAAUAAGUACAUGUUUAGAAAAAUUACUUAUUGAAAGAGAUCCGAAUGGUGCUGUUGAAUAUGUUAAAAGUGUUAUUUCUGAUUUAUUAUGUAAUCGAAUUGAUAUAUCACAAUUAGUUAUUAGUAAAGAAUUAACAAAAACUGAUGCAGAAUAUGCUAAUAAACAACCACAUGUUGAAUUAGCUAAUAAAAUGCGUAAACGUGAUCCUGGUAGUGCACCUAAUUUAGGUGAUCGAGUUCCUUAUGUUAUUAUACCAGGAACUAAAAAUCAACCAGCUUAUGAACGAGCAGAAGUAAGUUAG